AUGACGUCUUAUGGGAAAGGCAACUUUGACGGGUAUACCCCGUACCAAGGAGACUCACGUUCUGAAGGAGAGAGAGGCUCAGAUUUUGCCAAGUUAUCCAGGGAUAUAAGCAGUAAUGUACAGAAAAUUACCCAGAAUGUAACCCAGAUCCAGAAGUUAGUGAACCAGAUUGGAACUCUUCAAGAUUCAGAUGACAUGAGACAGAGAAUACAUCAGACUACCCACUACACAAAGCAGCUGGCCAAUGAAACAAGCCAGUACCUAAAAAGUCUGGCACAUCUUCCUGUACCAUCUUCACAGUCGGAGCAGAGACAAUGGAAAAUGCAGAAGGAGAGACUGACAGAUGAGUUUACCAAUGCUCUCAAGAACUUCCAGACGGUACAGAGAGCUGCAGCAGAGAAAGAGAAGGAAAGUGUACAGAGGACAAUAGCCCAUUCUGGCCUGGAUAGGUCACCCUUUGACAGUGGGUCACAUGAUGAUGGCAUGUCUGCACCAGGAUACUCUCAGACUAGACAGGUGCUCCAGAUGGAGCAGGAUGUGGAUCUGGAACUGCUGAGGGAGAGGGAAGAUGCUAUCAAGAAGCUGGAGAGUGAUAUUGUGGAUGUGAACCAGAUCUUCAAGGACUUGGGCAUGCUUGUCCAUGAACAAGGGGAAGUUUUAGACAGCAUUGAAGCUAACAUUGACAAUGCCCAAAUGUCAGUUGAAGAAGGCACCAAGCAACUGAGCAAGGCUAGGGCAUAUCAGGCCAAAUCCCGACGAAAAUGCUUAAUCCUCAUCGUCAUUGUGUGUUUCAUCAUUCUUAUCGUGGCACUCAUCAUUUACCUAUCUGUGAAAUGA